AUGAUAACUGGAAAGGAAGAUGCUGCUAAUAAUUAUGCUCGUGGGCAUUAUACUGUUGGAAAGGAAAUUAUCGAUCUCGUGCUAGACCGAACGCGACGCCUUGCUGAUAAUUGUUCUGGGCUUCAAGGAUUUUUGAUCUUCCACUCGUUUGGAGGAGGAACUGGAUCUGGAUUCACUUCCUUGCUCAUGGAACGUCUUUCUGUUGAUUACGGCAAAAAGAGCAAGCUUGAAUUCUCGAUCUAUCCUGCGCCUCAAGUUUCUACAGCUGUAGUUGAGCCUUAUAAUUCAAUCCUCACUACUCACACUACCCUUGAACAUUCCGACUGUGCCUUUAUGGUUGAUAAUGAAGCCAUCUACGAUAUCUGCCGUCGCAAUCUUGAUGUUGAGAGACCCAGCUACACGAACCUCAAUAGAAUCAUCUCACAGGUUGUGUCUUCGAUCACAGCUUCACUUCGCUUCGAAGGUGCUCUCAAUGUUGAUCUCACUGAGUUCCAAACAAAUCUCGUACCGUACCCUCGCAUUCACUUCCCUCUUGCAACGUACUCUCCUCUCAUCUCCGCAGAAAAGGCCUACCACGAAGCCUUGUCCGUGAGUGACAUCACCAACAUGUGCUUCGAGCCUUCGAACCAGAUGGUCAAGUGCGAUCCUCGUAAUGGAAAAUACAUGGCCGUCUGCUUGCUGUAUCGCGGAGAUGUCGUUCCAAAGGAUGUGAACCAGUCCAUUUCCGCCAUCAAAGCCAAACGCAGUAUUCAGUUCGUUGACUGGUGUCCCACUGGAUUCAAGGUCGGCAUCAAUUACCAGCCUCCUACUGUUGUUCCCGGUGGUGACAUUGCAAAGGUACCUCGUGCCGUCUGCAUGUUAUCGAACACGACUGCUAUCGCGGAGGCAUGGGCUCGUCUUGACCAUAAGUUUGAUCUGAUGUACGCUAAGCGUGCAUUUGUCGGCAUCAAUUACCAGCCUCCUACUGUUGUCCCUGGUGGUGACAUUGCAAAGGUACCUCGUGCCGUCUGCAUGCUAUCGAACACGACUGCUAUUGCGGAAGCAUGGGCUCGCCUUGAUCACAAGUUUGACCUGAUGUACGCUAAACGUGCAUUUGUUCACUGGUAUGUUGGAGAAGGUAUGGAGGAAGGAGAAUUCAGCGAGGCGCGAGAGGACCUGGCAGCGCUUGAGAAAGAUUAUGAAGAGGUUGGACUUGACUCGAACGAGGGCGCCUAUGAGGAGGGAGAAGAAUAUUAA